CAGCUGAUAUCAAAUGGAGAAAGCAAAUCAGAAAAACAGAGAUUCAUAUUAAUUUUUACACCAUAGCAGUCACACAACAAAGAAAAAAAAAACAAAUUUACACCUAAUAUUUUUAAUUUAUAAUAUUUACAAGGAGUUUAGUUAGAAGAGGUUGUCUAUUGAUAAAUCUUUCAUUAUGUCGCGUUUUAGUGGGGCAUUACAACUAACUGACUUGGAUGAUUUUAUUACGCCGUCACAAGAAUGUAUAAAACCGGUAAAAAUCGAAACCAACAAGGGGAAAACCGGGUCCAAAAUUACUAUCCAAGACGAUGGAUCUUACAUGCAGGCUACUUCUAGCGGUCUGCAAAAGCUGGAAAAAGUGGAAAUCACUCUGGCCGACUGUCUGGCGUGCUCCGGCUGCAUUACGUCUGCCGAAGGUGUUCUCAUCACGCAACAAAGCCAGGAAGAGCUUCUGAGGGUAAUGAACGAGAAUAAUCUAGCAAAGUUGAACAAUCAGCUAGAUUCGGUGCGAUACAUUGUGUUCACUGUCGCGCAACAGCCCAUUCUUUCGCUGGCCAAGCGGUACAAUCUCAGCCCGGAUGAAACAUUUGAGCGUGUUGCAGGAUACUUCAAAAAACUCGGCGCGGACAUGGUUCUGGACACAAAAAUAGCGGAUGACCUGGCGCUUAUUGAGAGUCGGAACGAGUUUGUUGAGCGUUUAAACACAAACAAACAAUUGCUACCAAUGCUGGCUUCUUCGUGCCCCGGGUGGGUUUGUUAUGCGGAGAAAACUCACGGCAAUUUUAUUCUCCCCUACAUUGCCACAACGAGAUCACCGCAACAGAUAAUGGGGGUUUUGGUGAAGAAGUAUCUAGCUAAAAUUAUGGGUACUAGCGGUGAUAGAAUCUAUCAUGUGACAGUAAUGCCUUGCUACGAUAAGAAACUGGAAGCUUCUCGAGAGGAUUUCUUCUCAGAAGUUGAUAAUUGUCGAGAUGUGGAUUGUGUUAUAACAUCCAUUGAAAUCGAACAAAUGCUGGAUGCAACGGAAAUUCAGAUGCUUCAAUCUGUGGAAAGAUCGCCAAUAGAUUGGCCAUGGCCAACACCACGUCCGGCUAUAUUUGUGUGGUCGCACGAGAGUUCUGGAUCUGGUGGAUACAGCGAGUACAUCUUCAAAUACGCAGCCUGGAAGCUGUUCAACAUAGCCGUCGAUCGAGUAGAGUUUAAAAUUCUUCGUAAUAAUGACCUUCGGGAAGCAGUACUCGAACAAAAUGGAGAAGUGCUGCUUCGGUUUGCAAUUGCCAACGGUUUUAGGAAUAUCCAAAACAUCGUUCAGAAGCUGAAACGUGGGAAGUGUAAUUAUCACUUUAUAGAAAUAAUGGCUUGCCCAUCCGGUUGCUUAAACGGAGGUGCACAGGUAAGACCUGUGAAUGGACAAACGCCCCGAGAGCUGACGGGAGAGCUGGAAGCGAUUUAUAGGAUGUUGCCGCAGUCUAACCCUGAGAAUGAAGUCGUGGAAACUGUGUACACGACUUUCCUUGACAAUGACGGAGAUAACAAUAAGAGGAAAGAGUUUCUACACACGAGCUAUCACCAAAUUGAGAAAAUGAAUACUGCACUAAACAUAAAAUGGUGAUUUUUUGUUAUAAUAAAUAUUUGUUUUGUUAUAUUGUAUUAAAUCCACCUAAUAAGAAAUAAAUAUGCAAUAAAUAAUAGCUUCAAUCCCUCUCAGGGAUUGAAUCCUA